AUGCCGCUAUGGAAGCUUCUUGGAGCUGGCAGCUUGCUGCUGGCUAGUCUAAGCAGCAGCGCGUCAGCAGAGCCAUUCACUCCAAAGCACGAAGCUGGCCGGUGUGCCAUGCGCGGCCACUGCGGCUCCAAGAGCUUCUUUGGCAAGCAACUGCCAUGCCCCGACAACGGCCUGGCUGAGGAGCCUGAUGAAAAGCUGCGACAGCAGAUUGUCGACCUUUGUGGAGCGAAAUGGAACUCCGGUCCUGUCUGCUGCGAUGCCGACCAGGUCAAAUCCCUUGCCUCUGAACUCGGAACCCCGAACCAAAUCAUCUCUUCUUGCCCGGCUUGCAAGGAGAACUUCUUCAACCUAUUCUGCACCUUUACGUGCUCUCCCGACCAGUCUCUCUUCUUAAACAUUACAAAGACACAGGAAAAGAACAAAAAGACAAUGGUCACGGAGCUGGACCAGCUGAUCUCAAAGGAUUAUGGCACCGGCUUCUUCGACAGCUGCAAGGAAGUCAAGUUUGGACCCUCCAAUUCGAGAGCCAUUGACUUCAUCGGUGGUGGCGCCAAGAACUACACCCAGCUCCUCAAGUUCUUGGGAGACGAAAAGGUCAUCGGGUCUCCGUUCCAAAUCAACUUUCCCGCCGAGUACAACGAGCCUGGCAUGUCACCCCGCGACCUAAAGUCCAAAAAGUGCAACGACGAGGACCCCAACUACCGCUGCGCAUGUGUCGACUGUCCCUCCGUCUGUCCGGAGCUCCCCGCUGUUUCAAAACCCGGCGAAUGCCACGUCGGCCUUCUGCCUUGCCUUUCCUUCGCAGCCAUUUUCACCUACAGCAUUCUUUUGUUCGUUGCGAUCGCCGGGGUCGUCGGACACGUCGUCUGGAGACGCCGUGCCAGAAGAGAAAGCGAGCGCCUCAGGCUGCUGCAAGAUGCGUCUCCCAGUGACGACGAGGAUGAGGGCGACCUGGUUCAGAACGGCGCCAUGUUUGACCGGCCCCAGCGAUUCUACAAGAUCAAUACUUGGUGCGACGCUGCUUUUAGCAAGCUUGGCCACGCGGCAGCACGCUACCAAGGAAUCACCAUUGGUGUUACCCUCAUCGUCGUCAUCAUUCUUAGCGCCGGAUGGGUCAGGUUUGACCUCGAACGCGACCCUGCACGCCUCUGGGUCAGCCCUGCCUCUCCUGCCGCCAAAGAAAAGGCCUUCUUUGACGAACAGUUUGGCCCCUUUUACCGCGCCGAGAAGAUGUUCUUGGUCAACGACCAGCACUCCAAGGAACCCGCUCCCGUUCUGAGCUACGACACGCUGCUCUGGUGGAUGGAUGUCGAGAAGAGCGUCUUGCAGUUGAAGGGCCCCGAGUUUGGUGCCACGCUCGACGACAUUUGCCUCAAGCCUACCGGCAACGCCUGCGUUGUCCAGUCCGUCGCGGCGUACUUCGGCAACGAUCCCUCGCUCGUCGGGAAGAAUGACUGGAAGGAUCAGCUCCGACAGUGCGCAAAGUCGCCUGUUGAGUGCCGCCCCGAAUUUGGUCUGCCUCUCGAGCCCAACAUGAUCCUCGGCGGUUGGAAGGAUGAUCCCGUCAAUGCCACUGCUAUCACUGUUACCUGGGUUGUCCAGAACGCUGCUGAGGGCAGCCCUGCUGUCGAGCGUGCCAUGGACUGGGAAAUUGCUCUCCGCGAUCGUCUUUUGGAAGUCCAGCAGGAGGCCCAGGAGCGCGGUCUCCGCCUCUCCUUCUCUACCGAGAUCAGUCUGGAACAGGAGCUGAACAAGUCGACUAACACGGAUGCCAAGAUCGUGGUCAUUAGCUACAUCAUCAUGUUCCUCUACGCCUCCCUCGCUCUCGGAUCCACCACGCUGUCGUUCCGAGAUAUGAUCAGGAACCCUGCCGUCGCUCUGGUCCAGUCCAAGUUCUCACUGGGCGUCGUGGGCAUUUUGAUCGUCCUCAUGUCCAUCAGCGCCUCUAUCGGUCUCUUCUCCUGGUUCGGGCUCAAGGCCACGCUCAUCAUCGCCGAGGUCAUCCCUUUCAUUGUGCUCGCUGUCGGUGUUGACAACAUCUUCCUGAUUGUCCACGAGUUCGAGCGCGUCAACGUCAGCCACCCCGAUGAGAUGGUGGAGGAGCGAAUCGCCAAGGCACUGGGCCGCAUGGGGCCUUCCAUCCUCUUCUCUGCCCUGACCGAGACGGUUGCUUUUGCCCUUGGAACCUUUGUUGGCAUGCCUGCAGUGCGCAACUUUGCUGCCUACGCUGCCGGCGCCGUCUUCAUCAACGCCAUCCUUCAGAUCACGCUGUUCGUGUCUGUCUUGGCUAUGAACCAGAUCCGCGUCGAGGACCACCGAGCGGACUGCAUCCCCUGCCUCCAAGUGAAGUCCGCUCGCGUCCACCUCAGUGGCAGCAACGGAAACGCGAACGCGCGGUUCUACGAGGUGCCGGAGGAGAGCUGGCUGCAGCAGUUCAUCCGCCGGACGUACGCUCCCGCCAUCCUCGCAAAGAAGGCCAAGGCUAUCAUUAUCGCCGUGUUCCUCGGCCUCUUUGCCGCCGGAAUUGCUCUCAUCCCCGAAGUCCAGCUUGGCCUGGACCAGCGUGUCGCCAUCCCUGAUGGGUCCUACCUCAUCCCCUACUUCAACGAUCUGUACAAGUACAUGGAGACCGGUCCUCCGGUUUACUUUGUCACCAGGGACUUCAACGCCACAGCGCGCAAAAACCAACGCGAGAUCUGCGCCCGGUUCACGACGUGCGACCAGUUCUCCCUCGCCAACAUCCUGGAGGGUGAGAGGAAGCGUCCUGAGGUUUCGUACAUUUCGUCGCCGGCUGCCAGCUGGAUCGACGACUACUUCUUAUGGCUCAACCCCGACCUCGGCGAUUCCUGCUGCGUGGAGAACGGCAAGGCAUGCUUUGCCGACCGCAACCCGCCAUGGAACAUCACGCUAUCCGGCAUGCCGCAGGACGGCGAGUUCAUCCACUACCUCGAGAAGUUCCUCAAGGCGCCAACGAACGACGACUGCCCGUUGGGCGGCCAAGCAUCAUACGGCCAAGCGGUCGUGAUUGACUCGGAGAAGGACACGAUUCCCGCCAGCCACUUUAGGACGAUGCACACGCCGUUGCGCAGUCAGGAGGACUUCAUCAACGCCAUGUCAGCUGCGAGAAGAAUCGCGUCCGACAUUACGCGCACGACGGGCGUAGAGGUGUUCCCCUACAGCCUCUUUUACAUCUUCUUCGACCAGUAUGCCAGCAUCGUGUCGCUGACGGCCGCUCUCCUGGGCUCGGCGGUGGCCAUCAUCUUUGUCAUUGCGUCGAUCCUCCUGGGGUCCCUAAUGACUGCUCUAGUCGUCACGGUUACGGUCUGCAUGACCGUUGUCGAUAUCAUUGGCGCGAUGGCAGUGUUUGGGGUGUCGCUCAACGCAGUCUCGCUCGUCAACCUCAUCAUCUGCGUCGGCAUCGGUGUGGAGUUUUGCGCCCACAUUGCGAGGGCCUUCAUGUUCCCUUCGCGGACCGUCAUGGAGCGUGCUAAGAACCGCUUCCGCGGCCGUGACGCGCGCGCGUGGACGGCACUGGUCAACGUGGGAAGCUCCGUGUUCUCGGGCAUCACGGUCACUAAGCUUCUUGGAGUCUUUGUGCUUGCGUUUACGCGGUCCAAGAUCUUUGAGAUUUACUACUUCCGCGUCUGGCUGGCGCUCGUCGUGUUCGCGGGCACGCACGCGCUCAUUUUCCUCCCCGUGGCGCUGAGCCUGUUCGGAGGAGAGGGAUACGUGGACCCGGAGAGCGAGGGCGGGAUUGAGGAGGACCUCGCCAGCCGGAGAUACCGUGCGCUCGUGCCGGACGAGGACACGGAUUCGGAUGACGACUACUAG